AAUGUAUUUAUAUAAUCGUAUUACGGGCUCAUUAAUCAUCGUUUUUGAAAGUAACCGUUAGUUACAUAAAACAAUUUUACUUAGCUUGCAACAAGUUGCGAGGGUAUAAAUGUAUCCGAAAGUUUGGCAAUCUCUGAAAAAGCUUUGCUUUGCUUAAUUCAUUUGAUAAAAUUAGUUGCCUUCAAGUUUCCGAAGUUAGUUGUAUUUUAAGCGCGCCGGCCAUCUUACAAUUUUAUUUUCUGUAUUUAAUGUGGAACCGAGACCGAGAAAUGUUAAAUUCAACGCGUGUGCAAAUUCUAUUACUGCUCCUAUAUAUAGUAGCAAUUUGUAGACAACCGCCUGCCAGCGGGUUCAAAAUGGAGGAUUGCAGGAGAUUGAAUGAAACCGCCAACGUUACGUGCUACACACUAGACAUGCAGCAAUUCAAUAUCGAUUUCAGCAAUGAGGAGCACAUGAAGAUCUACAUCUUUCAGGACAAUGAGCCCGACACUACGACAAUGUUUUUUACUUGCCAAGGCAGUGAUGAGGAUAUUUUGCACAUCAGUGACCACCUGCCAAGGUUGUUAUUGGAGCGCGCCAGGGUUAUUACCAUAGAUGGCUGUAUACCUUUCGAUGGUAUCUUCCAGCAGCUUGGCGUCAGCGUAGGCACGCAAGUGAAGCUGCAACGUGGCAUUACGAGUGUGCCACUAAAGCGUGAAUACCUCAGCAGUCUAACGAAGGUCAAGAGUUUUCUGCUUGGCGGCUUUGAAGCGUUGGACGAGCAAGUGCUAGCAGAUUUUCAGGAUUUAACAACACUUGAUUUGACGCGUAUUGAGACAGCGUUGCCAAGCGGUCUGCUGGCGCCAGUCAGCGCUCACUUAACACAACUAUAUAUGCGUGAGAAUAGCAUGUCAAUGCCGACAAAGGGACUUUUCGCGUCGCUUCAACAGCUCGACGAACUCGAUUUGAGUUAUAAUAUAUUGACCAACAUACCGUCGGGCACCUUCGAUCAACUGUACAAUUUAACCGUGUUGGAUUUGAGCAAUAAUCACUUGAGUCACCUACCAGCUGAUGUCUUCCAAUCGUUACAUAAACUCGAGCGUCUCUUUCUCUCCUGCAAUCGCUUACAGCGGUUAGAGCCGAACACUUUCGUGGCACUCUCCGUUUUGCAACAUCUCAAUUUGGAAAAUAAUACACUUGAUAUGGCGGCAUCCACGGCCUGUAGCAUUUUCGAUGGACUCAAGAGCCUGGAAUAUUUGGAGUUAAACAAUAAUUCGUUGAACGUUUACUGUUUACCGCGCAAUAUGAGUUCGGUGAGUGUGGACUUGUCGCAUAAUAGACUGCAAACAUUAUUGAUACCGCCUGGCGCGAUUGAACCACGUCAGUUGGUCAACUUAAGUGUGCGCCAUAACCAGUUGAGGUAUUUGAGCGAUGAGAUUUUGCACUAUCUGCACGAUUCUUUAGCGCAACUUUCGUUGGCGCACAAUCCUUGGCAAUGCGAUACUGCGUCGUUCCUGUGGUUGGACUUUAUCCAAUUGAAUAGCAGGCGUGUUUUGGAUUUAGCGGAAGUAAAAUGUUUCAAUGCCAAUGCGCAGUGGAAUGUAACUCUAUUCAAGGCUAGCAAUGUCUGUAAAUCAGUGACGUCACUUUAUUAUGUAAUCGCUAUUGCAGCUGUGUCCGCAUUGGCGGCGGCGGCACUGAUAGCGGCGGUGUUUUACAAGCGCAAGGCGAUAAGGAGCGCGGAGAACUGAACAGCGCAUCGGAAAUUGUGUGCUUUCUUGAAAAUGUGGGCAUGCAUGGAAGUUUUCAAAUUUUGUGAUUUCAUGUUUUAUUCAAUAAAUUUUGUUUUGUUUUUUAAAUAUUUCUCCAAAUUAUGAACUAUUAAAAAUAAUUAGUAAAACAUUAAAUGUAGAUUAUUUGUGUAAAU